AUGGAAACACCAGAUAUGACGAAUUAUAAUAAAUCAUCAAAAGAAAAAGAAUCAUCAUCAUCAGGAAAGACAAAUAAAGAUUCUGAAUCUGAUCUAGUAAAAUCAACAAUUUCAGAAGAAACCUACGUACAACAACAGCAACAAGAAAAAAAUGCAAGAUCGGUAGAACAAACUGUAGCGGAACAGAUUCUUAAUGAAGGGAAUAAGGAGGAAAUGGUGGUGGACGAGGGCAGAAUAAAUGAUAGUAAAUUAAGAAUUGUUGCUCAAUACACUGAGCCUACCAAGCAGUUUUUAAUUCAAGGUGGUAAUUAUCUCUGGCAGCAAGAAUUAGCUCAACAAAAGCCCAUUCCAAUUAGCUUCCAAGAAACAGAAGAGGGAGUUGCUAUUCCUUCCGUCUUUGACCCAGAAAAGGAUAUUGACUACCGUGUGCUUUUAAGAGAUGAUUUACCUAAUUAUUAUGCCGACCAAGAAGAAUACCAAGAAAAAAUUGCUGCCCAAACUUGA